CACUCUCUAUUCAAUCAUCGCAACUAAACUUCAACAAACGAAAUUAAAUUCUAUCUGCGUUUCUCAUUAACGUAACAAUUCACUAGUAACUACUAAUGGUAAUCAGAUCGAGAAGUUCGAAGCGGAAGCUUCAGCAAGAAGCACCAUCUCACAUCGUUAGCAAGAAGCUUCGGUCGAAGAUUCCUCGCCGGAGAAGAAACCAGAUAUCUCCGGUGCUUCUUGCUUCGGCGAAAUUCAAAAUAUCUAAAGAGAAUCCUCGUCUUUCAGUUGAUUCGAGCUCCGGCUCUGAUUUCGCCGGCGGUGAAGUUUCGUGCAAUUCCAGCAGAAUUUCUUCUGUAUUUGUUGGCAAAGGAACGACGAGCUCGAGAAACGGUGAAAUCGGAGAGUGUGUGAGUUUGAUGAUAAAUCGGAGAUUUGAGAAGCGGAGUGAAAACGAAGUUGAAGUAUCGGAGAAUUCGUGUGUGGAUUCAAAUUAUAAUGUUCGUGAACGAAAUAGAAGCUUGAUUUUGAAGUUCAAAAGUGGAAAAGAAAACGAUGAAGCUUCUGAAGUUUGCACGAAAUCGGAAAUUACUUGUGCGGAUAAUUCAAAAUCGAGUAACGGAAAUUUGAAUAUCUCAGCGCGAAACGACGUCGUUUCAGUUAGUUCCGGUGCUCGGGAAACGUCGUUUGAAGAGGAAAAGAGAAGAAUCACUGAAAACAGAGCAUCGGAAUCUGAAUUCUCUUCGAGAAACCGUCACGAUGAUGAGAAUUGCACGGAUUUGAUAGCGCAAUCGAUUAUAAAGCAAUGCUCGGAUAAUUCAGGCUCCGAUUCCGAUCUAGCUUGUAGAGAGCAAUUGCAUUUCUCGUCCUACGACGAUGAAUCAGAGUAUUGUUCAAGUCAGGGGACUACGUCAUUCUCUGAUCUUCACUCCGAGAUUUUCGGUGAUUGCUCUGAUUAUAGUCCGUCUCUGUUCACCGAUUCUGGAAGUCAGUUUUCGCAAGGAUCCGUUGGAGAAACUCAUUCGCCAAUGUAUUCGUUGUUCCUUCAAUACCGUGAGGAAUUCACGACGCUAGCUACUCGUGUUAAUAAUACUUCAAGCGUCGAAGAAGAGGUUUCUAUAAAUCAUAAUUUUUUAAGGUUAGAAGAUUUGGAUGACGAAGAGAGCUAUCAGAUGCUAAGGAAGAGGGAACGGAGGCAAGUUUUCAUGUGGAAUUAUGCUGAAAGAUAUUUCUCUACAACGGAAUUCGGCAAACUCGUGCUUCAGCAACGCUGCGAAAUGGUUCACUGGAUCAUUGAGCAAUCUUAUCGAAAACAACUUCGACAAGAGACGGUGUUUCUUGGAAUCAGCCUACUUGACCGUUUCCUGAGCAAGGGAUACUUCAAAGAAGAAAGAAACCUUCAAAUUGUUGGAAUAGCGUGCCUUACAUUGGCCACCAGGAUCGAAGAAAACCAGCAAUGUAACAGAGUGGGGCAAAAACAUUUCUACGUGGAAAAAAUUGUUUACAGUAGAUGCGAAGUAGUGGCUAUGGAAUGGAUUGUGCAGGAGGUGCUCGAGUUCCAGUGUUUUCAUCCAACCAUCUACAAUUUCUUGUGGUUUUACCUAAAAGCUGUUAAUGCUGAUGCUGCUAUGGAGAAAAGGGUGAGGUGCCUAGCAUUACUGGCUCUGUCAGCUCGUGAUCAGCUGUGUUACUGGCCCUCGACUGUUGCCGCUGCACUUGUUAUCCUGGCUUCUCUAGAACUCAAUCAGAAUGCAUCCCACAAAGUCAUAGGGAUCCACGUUAGAUCAAAGGAUGAGAAUUUGCAUGAAUGCAUGGAGAGCCUGGAAUGGUUGUUACGCUAUCUAUGCUAACAAAGUAGCUGGAUGGAGCACAUCAGCUAUAAUUUGAUGGGGGGAUAUUUCCUACCCAUACAAAGAAAAAUGGUUUUCUGACGUUGACUAAUCAAGCAUCAUUGAUUGAGUCAAAAAAAAAAAAAAUCAAGCAUCAUUGAUACUAUAUAAAUUUCAUUUGUUCACUUACACUUCCAUUCUUUUACCCAUGUAACUAUAUUGAAGACAAAAUAUCACAUUUUUUAGAAACUUUGAAACCCAACAAGGGAAUAGAAAACUCAGCUGCUAAAUUGUAAAUCACAUACAAAGAAAUACACGGUUAUACAAAAGUUCAUCUUGCAUUGUUAUACAUAAUUCCCUAUAGGAAAGUUCAUAUUGCAUUGUUUAUAGAUAAUUCCUCUUUUCUUAUGCAAACAUCGAUUUUCGUCGUCACCCCAUUGCAAUGUGAUCGAACAUUU